AUGAAGUCCUUAAAAGAGGAUUUGGAGGAGGAGGACUUACUUGUGGAAGAAGUGAACGAUUUAUCGAACGACGAGACUAAUAAAUUGAACGGUGAUGAAAUAUCCCAUCGGUUCGAUGCUCAAGUUAAGCAGGAGAAGGAUACACAUUCUUUCGAGGAAGAGUUGAUAAAAUGCCACUUGGGUUUCGAAGUCAAACAAGAGCCAAUCGAGGAUGUGGAGUGGCAGUUCCGUGGCCAAAUAAAGAACGAACCCAUUGACGAUGAAGAAGUGGACGAUGCAUCAGUCAGUUGCAUGGAUCAUUCGCAAAUUGAGAUAAAAAACGAAUCAAUCGAUGAGGUUCCGAUUGGGAAAGAAGGAGAUGUAACUCAGGAAACCAAAUGUAACUAUUGCCCGGCAACCUUUGCCGAUCCCAACGAUCUAAGUCGGCACAUCCAGUCGCAGCAUGCAUCCUUAGAUUGUUCCCACUGCCUGAGGACUUUUUCCACCCAUGCCGGCUUUCAGCUGCACUUGCGAUCCCACAAGACACCCUUCCAGUGCGAUCAGUGCCCAGAGAUAUUUGCUUUGCGCGGUGCUCUGGCUCGGCACAAGCAGCAGCACAAGGAUGAAGUUGGCUACCCGUGUGAGCUCUGUGGAGAGAUUUUCCGGAGGCCUGGUUACCUGGCACAACACUUGCGAACCCACGCCACCGGACGAUAUCAGCCGGCGUGCCCCUUCAAGUGUGACCACUGCCCGGAGGCUUUCGCCAAGCACACGGAUCUGAAGCGGCACACCCGAGGUCAUGGUCAUGCCCCCAGCGAGGUAUCGCUGAAAAGAAGAUUGCAACUGGAACCUGAUACUGGUACCCACAAUUGUGCCAAUUGCAUGAGCACCUUUAGCGAUCUGACGGAACUGAGGCGGCACUUGGUGACGCAUUUGACGAUGGAAAAAAACUUUGAGUGUCCGGAAUGCUCAAAAAUCUUCUCCCUGCGGGCAACUCUCAGGGCCCACCAGCGAUCGCAUUCAGCGAAAAGAGCCAAAGUUUAUAUUUGCACCCACUGCCCAAAGGCCUUGGCCAAUCACUCGGCUCUCAAGCGGCACACCCUAAGUCAUGCGAAAAGAGCCAAGGACUACGAUUGCACCCACUGCCCGAAGGCCUUCGCACACAGAGCACAUCUCAAGGCACACCUGCUAGUCCACACGGGUGAACGACCCCACGAGUGUGCCAUCUGUGGGAAAGCAUUUGCACAGAAAGCCAAUCUUGUCCGGCACAUGGGCACGCAUUCAAAGGAGCACAAAAGACUUACACGACAAAGCUCCGGAGAAUUGUCCUUUGGCUGCCCUCACUGCUCGAAGGCUUAUGCAAUCAAUUCUUCGCUCCAGCGCCACCUGAAGACGCAUUCGGCAGAAGAGCAGGUCUUUGGGUGCCCACGUUGUCCCAAGAUCUACAGAUAUAAGUCCAUUCUCCAGAAUCAUCUGGCCACAGCGCACCUAUGCGAAAGUCCAUGA